AUGCAUCGCGCGCGCGGCCUGUGGCGGGCGGGGGUCGCCGCGGCCCUCGGGGGGUCCCGGGCGCUCUCGAGGGGUCCCGGGACCGGUUCGGGGUGCUCCGGGGGAGGGUUGGGCCCCGAGGCCGAGGCGGACCCGGCGCUGCUCCAUGCCAGCAGCCCCGAACUGGCCCGGCGGCUCUGCGGGCUCGCGCUGGUCCGGGGCGGCUUCGUGAGCGAGGGGGAGGCGGUGGAGCUGCUGCGGGAGGUGGAGCCGGGGCUGCGCCGGGGCCGGUACCAGAACGACCACUGGGACCGGUUCUGUGGCUGCACCAUCGUGGGGUUGUCACUGCUGUCCCCCAGUGUCCUGCGGCUCCAGAGCCUCCGGGACCCCCAGGACUGGCUGGAGCUGCUGCUGGAGCCAGGGUCCCUCUACGUUCUCAGGGGUGCUGCCAGGUAUGAGUUCACCCAUGAGAUCCUUCCGGAUGAGAAAUCGUUUUUUAGGGGGCUCCGGGUGCCACGGGGGCGCCGGGUGGCCCUUAUCUUCCGCAACGACCCCCCUGAGACACCUCCGGAGCCUCUCAGCAACCUCCCAGCAUUUAUUGAGGACCCCCACGACCCUCCACCCCCGAAAUGAGCUCCCCCAAUAAACAGCGAUCCCCCUGCA